AUGUGGACGAAAGGCAAGAAACCGCCCCGUGGUGGAGCCUGGGGGCUCUAUGAAUGGCUCAUUUGGGCGGCAACAGGCAUGGAUCAGAGUGAAACUGGGCGUUCCUUCUAACCGUGCUGGAUUUAGCCUCGCCAAGGCGUCCUCGCACUUUCCCAGCUUCCCGUGGCCCACCACUCCUUCCCGAACCACUCUGAACUACUAAACUUGGCCUUGCGCGCCCUGUUGCCUGAAAUUUUCUUUCUUUUUUCCCCUUCUUCACCCCUCAUACAUUCAACCAGACAACAACAUCAAAGACAUUCUAGGACAUGGCUUCAUUCUAGUUAUUUUCGUCACCCUUCUAUCUCGCUCAUAGCAAGAUAGACUCAGUCAUUUCCCACCGAGUCCUUAGUCACUCCCAAUCCCCCCUCAGUCCACAGCCUCCUAACGGAGUUUCUGUGAACAAAGAUCUCGCCGCACCCCGCGUCUCGAGCUCUUCACUCACAACCGCAACCAUUUACGCGUUGGAUUCUACAUCCUUCACCACGGAUCUAAAGCAAACAUGGCGUUCCCCAACCCCAAGAUCAACUGCUAUAGCGCAGCACUACCCGCCCAACAGCUUCAACCAGGACUUCCAGCUCUUCGCAACCCCGGAGAUUCCCUCGGCCUCUCCAACCGCCUCGCGUGCGCAGGUGAUAUCGAGUACACCCCCUAAUAGACUUCAGCAGAUUCAAUCUCGACAUCUGUCCCUUAACAGAACGUCUCCGAUCCAUUCUACUCAGUCUCCGUCAUUAGGGCACCUCACUCACCGGUCUUAUUCAAGUCCAACUUUGCAACAGUCACACCCUACCCCGCAAACUCUGCGUCAGAUUGCUCACCUACAGCGCCUGCCGCCUGUCCCUCCUUUUCACUCUGCUCCCCGCAAGAUCCAACCAGCUCCAGCUCCACAAGCUUCAAUGUCUGUACUCGAUUCGAUGUAUCUCCCCAGGGGUGACAACGCCUCGGUGGAUGACUUCCUCACACUCGACGACGGCUUCCAAGCGUCCAACUUCUCCACGAACACUACUGGCUACGUUGCUCAAGACGGCACGGUAUCACCAGCUGACCUGUUUCACGAUGACUCUUUGAUCAUGUCAGCUCCGUCUUCCGUUGCCUUCCCGAAUUUGAGCACUCCAGAAUCCGGAUACCUCGAGUCCCCGGCCACUGGAUUGAACACGUCUCCGUUAGAUGACGGUCUCCUUGAUGCGCAACUCAAUUUCAAUGAUCUCGCUGAUCUGCCUCCGCUGUUCCCCCAGGAGGACUUGGACUUCAUGUAUCAAGCACCAGCGGAAGUCACCGUUAAGCCAGCUCGACCAAGCUCCGGGCGCUCAUCAUCGAGUGCAUCUCCGAUGGUACGGCAGAAGUCUUCCCCAGGCCGUCCUCCAACCAUUCCGUUCAGCCAUGGUCGAAAGUACUCCGGUGCAUAUGGAGUCUCUAAGGCGCCCAAGCCACGUGCGGCAUUACCCGAAAUUCAUGUCGAUUCUGAAGACGACAAGGAAACUGCUAAGCGGAAGAAGAACACCGCCGCCGCACGCAAGUCACGGCAACGAAAGCAAGAAUAUGCUGAAGCGAGCGAGGCCGAGAUUCAACGCCUUCGGGCAAUGAUCUAUCGCAUGGGCGGAGAUCCAGACGAGGGAAUUUGAGAUUCCUGUGGCAAGACUUGGUGUCUUGAUGAGUCAAACUUUGUUGGAAGGGUGUUAUAUUGUUUGCAAAAACAUUUUCGGACUACAAUUGAUGCUGUUAUCACUCUCGGAGUGGUAGCUUACAACAGCAGCAUGACGCUUGGGGUUGGGAAUUGUUAGGCUUAAGCCAGGAGGGCUGCCUCCCAACUGCCUCGUCACACAAAUAUUUUAUGGGAUUUAUUGAUUUUUUAUUGUUCAGGUUAUCAUUGGAGUUGAUGAGUUGGUCCUACCGGCUGACUCAGGCUUCUCCUACGACCGAUGUCGUCUACGCUUCGACGGACCAGGCUACUGCUCACUGUGUGACAACAGAUUGAGGUUUCUGUCAUUCGGAUGCGUCAGACUGAUGUUUCGGGUUUUCUGUCAAGCCUCAUGGCCGAUUCUGAUCGUCUCCCUGUUUGGCCAGUUCUAUAUGCAGCCUGGUUAUACUGGGUAUGGAUUUGUCUUAGGCCACAGGGAUUGACUCGUGGCCAAUGCCAGUUUUUUUGUCUCUUAUAUACGAUCGCAGCUCAUUCCUUUGGAUGGCCUGGUUGCGCUACGAUUCACGAUGCUCGUCCUGCUAGUCAAGACCUUGGAUCGAUGAUGGUAGUUGAUCUGUCAAAUUUUAUGUACUUGUUACUAGCUAGGCAGUUUGAUCUGCAUGAUAGCUCCUCCAUAUAUUGCAAAUCAUUCAUUACACAAAUCA